AUGUCAACUACCUUUCCAGGUCUCGUCCACGAUGCAGAGAUACGUCAUGACGGAUCAAACAGUUACCGUUUGAUGCAGCUUGGAUGCCUGGAGUCUGUGGCCAACUCGACCGUCGCCUAUUCCUCCUCAUCUCCUCUCACUUACUCUACCACGGGCACCGAGUUCGCCUCCCCGUACUUCUCCACUAACCACCAGUACACCCCACUGCACCACCAGUCCUUCCACUACGAGUUCCAACACAGCCACCCGGCAGUCAACCCCGACGCUUACUCCUUGAACUCUCUCCACCACUCCCAGCAAUAUUACCAGCAGAUCCACCAUGGAGAACCCACUGAUUUUAUCAACCUGCACAAUGCGCGGGCACUCAAGUCCUCUUGCUUGGACGAGCAGAGGAGAGAGCUGGGGUGCUUAGAUGCUUACCGCCGCCACGACCUGUCUCUUAUGAGCCAUGGAUCCCAAUAUGGGAUGCAUCCAGAUCAAAGACUCCUGCCAGGACCAAGCCUCGGGCUUGCAGCCUCGGGAGCAGACGAUUUGCAGAGCUCAGUGGAGGCCCAGUGUGGACUUGUACUCAACGGGCAAGGAGGUGUGAUAGAAGAGGUAAGAGGUGGCACCUGUGUUGUCAACCCCACCGACCUGUUCUGCUCCGUUCCUGGUCGCUUGUCUCUGCUCAGCUCCACUUCCAAGUACAAAGUGACCAUCGCAGAGGUAAAGAGGCGCCUUUCACCACCAGAAUGCCUCAACGCCUCCCUCCUCGGAGGUAUUUUGAGAAGAGCAAAAUCCAAGAACGGAGGACGCUGCUUGCGAGAAAAAUUAGACAGACUUGGACUAAAUUUACCUGCAGGAAGAAGAAAAGCAGCAAAUGUCACACUCCUGACUUCCCUGGUAGAAGGGGAAGCACUACAUUUGGCCAGAGAUUUCGGCUACACCUGUGAAACAGAGUUCCCUGCCAAGGCAGUAGGAGAGCACAUUGCCAGACAGCACAUGGAACAGAAAGAGCAGACAGCGAGGAAAAAGAUGAUCCUAGCGACGAAACAAAUAUGUAAAGAAUUCCAAGACCUCCUAAGUCAAGACAGAUCACCCCUCGGAUCCUCCAGACCGACUCCAAUAUUAGACCUCGACAUCCAGAGACAUUUAACACAUUUCAGUUUGAUCACUCAUGGUUUUGGAACUCCUGCAAUAUGUGCUGCCCUAAGCACUUUCCAAACUGUUCUCAGUGAAAUGCUGAACUACUUGGAAAAGCACACAUCGCACAAAAACGGAGGAGCGGCGGAAUCCGGCCAAGGACACGCCAACUCGGAGAAAGCCCCCCUGCGGAAAACUUCAGAGGCUGCUGUGAAAGAGGGCAAAACAGAAAAGACAGACUAGCUACAUCAAACAGAAUCUAUUUCGAGAGAGUCUUGCUGCUGAUAUUUUUUUUAAAUAUAUAUAUCAUUGAGGGCAAUUUAUCUCCAGUGGACCAAAUCCAGAAAAAAAAAAAAGGGGGGGGGGAAAGGAAAAAAUAGUAAAAAGAAAAUAAAAAGAAAGUAAAAAAGAAAGAUUAAAACAGAGAGAAAGAGAGAGCGUGAGAGAGGAAAGUAUUCAACCCUAAGAACAGCAGUGUACAGUAAUUGUGUGAUGAAAUUGUCACUUUUUUAAAAUUUAUGUUGCUCUAAACUGCUUUUUUGUGCACGUAGUAUUUGAUUGUUCUGAAUGAUACACUAACACUGUUUUUUAUAAGCACUUCUGGACUUGGCUGAGGUGGCACAUGAAAUUUGAAGCACUUUCUUCUCCGGCAGCAGAGUUAGGGUCGGUGCAUCAGUUGUGGGACACAUAGUUCCAGCAUCCUGACUUUGCUCUCAUGCUGGAUAGAUUGAAAGAAAGGCUUCCUCUGUUCCAUUGGAAACGCCUGAUCUACUCACCAUUGGGAAAACAAUAUGGAAAUCUGGCAAAAGAGAAAUUCUUGGGUCAUGGGACAAAUGAACCAUCCUGUACAUGGGAAUGCACAAUAAAGCUGCAAUGGAAUGAGGCCAGAACCUGUUGGGAAUCUGUCCUGACCAU